CAGUCCAAUCUUGUAACGUUCCCGGCGACCCUGUUUCUCGAGGAAGGGAAGGGGGGGGGCGUCAACCUAGGCAGCGGAGACCAACAGUCCCUGCCUUGAUCAGAUCGGAACUGAAGCCUCGAGCAAGAUGGAAACAACGGGAACCCACAGUCAAAAGGCCAUCACGACUGCGCCAGCCAGAGCGGGCGUCGCUGAACAUGUGGGCAGCGACCUCGACCUGGCCCCGGCGGCUCGAUUGGGUUGGUGUCGACGGAUUGCGGGAAGUCAAGCUUGUACUUUGGUGACAGAUCCAUCGCCAAACACACGGCAUUGGUCGCGAUCAAGCGGGGGGCCUUCGUCUCGACUUCCAGACUCAAGCUAUCGCCUCUUCUGUUCCUUGCAAAUCGAAAUGGGCUCUCUCACUCUCUAUUUUUCCUCCUACUGCUCUCUUCAUCUGCAUCUGCAUCUUGAUCUUCAUCUUCAAGGUCCUCUGUCUGCAUCCUGUCAUGUGUGCUUCUCUCCCUUCCUGUUUGCUCUCCCCGCAGCUUCGGUGCUUUCGUUAUUUGCUCACGGACACCAAAGCCACCGCCGCCAUAACACACGCACGCACAUACACAUUUUUGCAUCUGCAUCUUCAUCGGCCAUAAGCACACAUCCACCCUUUUCACUCGCUUUCUCUCUUUCUCAUUUUCUCACUUACACACACACUCUCACUCGCCGCGUUCUUUCCAUUUCAUUCUCAGUACAGUUCUUUUCCUUCUUGUUGCUAUUCCCGUGAUUGUGGCUCUGAAUGCAUGGUUCCUUCUCACACAAAGCCAGAAAGGAAUCCAUGCAUCGCAGGGGAGGGGGACAGCAGCUCCAGUUGUCAAACGGCUCUAUUAUAGCACAACU